AUGGAGAAAUUCACCUGCCUCCUAGCCGCUGCGUCUAUCGUCACAUCGGCUCUCGCCUUCGACAUCCCGGACGGUGCAUCCGUUUCUCAACCUUGGAAGCAUACGGGACGACCAUACUUUGGCUGGAACCAGAAAGACAAGUGGGGAAACAAGAUCGAAGAUGACCGUCGCAAGAUCACUAUUCGUGCUUCUGAAGAUGAUACCGACGACAUCUCGGCAGACUUCGUCUGGGCCUUGGAACAGGCCCAAAAUGGAGGCCUCGUGCAUCUCGAAGAAGGCAAGACAUACAUCAUUGGCAAGAAGGUUGACCUGCCUGUGUUGAAUGAUGUCUACAUCAAGCUCGAUGGUACCUUGAAGUUCACCGAUGAUGUCGAGUAUUGGCAAAACAACUACUUCUACUAUUCCUUCCAGAAGAGCAUUACCUUUAUGGUCUGGAGCGGUAAGAACAUCAAGAUCUAUGGCAAAGGAACGAUGGACGGAAAUGGACAGGCUUGGUACAAUGGCUUUGCUGGCCGCGAGAUCCUGGAUGCUAGCAACACUUACUACCGCCCGAUUCUCUUUUUGACCGACAAUGCCACCAACGUUGAUGUUGAAGGCAUCACUUUCUUGAACAGCCCGUGCUGGACGACCUUCUUGGUCCGUACCAAGGACGUCUCCUUUGAUAAUGUAUACAUCGAGGCAUUUAGCAACAAUGCUUCUGCUCUACCGAAGAACACCGAUGGCUUCGACUCGCUCAAUGUUGAUGGUCUGACUGUCACGAACACUCGUGUCAAUGUUGGCGACGAUUGCUUCUCGCCCAAACCAAACACGACCAACAUCUACGUCGAGAAUCUAUGGUGUAAUGGCACUCAUGGUGUCUCGAUGGGCUCGAUCGGUCAAUACCCUGGUGUCAAGGACUACAUUUCCAAUGCCUACAUGAAGAACAUCACUCUGCUCAACGGCCAGAACGGCGCAAGACUGAAGGCUUGGGCAGGACCUACAGCAGGCUACGGCUACAUCGACAACAUCACCUACGAGAACGUGCACAUUGAAAACACCGACGCUCCCAUCGUUCUCGAUCAAUGCUACUUCAACAUCAACGAGACCACCUGUGCUGCCUACCCAUCCAACGUCAACAUCACUAAUAUCAAGUUCAUCAACUUCACUGGCUCGUCGUCCGGAAAGGACAACAGAGUGGUUGCAGACUUGACUUGUAGUCCUGGUGCCACUUGUAGUGAUAUCCUGUUGGAGGGUAUCGAGUUGACUAGUCCAAAUGGCACGGCGGAAAUUGUGUGCAACAACAUCAAAGGAGAUAUCGGUGUGCCUUGUAUCUCAGGAGCCGAUGCUGAUGAUUGA